AGAUGAAUAUUAAAAUGAAUAUUGCAUUAUUCUUAUUUCUAACAAUACUUGGUAUUUGUAAUGGAAUGCGACUUCAAGCGGUACGAGUUAAAGGUCAAUUAAAGUGUGGUGACAAACCAGCAGCAAAUGUUAAGGUUAAACUAUGGGAUGAAGAUGAUGGGCCAGAUCCGGAUGAUGUAUUGGAUGAAAAUGAAACAGAUAGAAGUGGUAAUUUUGAUCUUCAAGGUAGUACUCGAGAAUUGACAAGUAUUGAUCCAGUACUUAAAAUUUAUCAUGAUUGUGAUGAUGGUAUUAAACCUGGUAAAAGGAAGGUUAAACUACGUAUACCGGGACAAUAUAUUGCUGCUGGUUCUACUGCAAGAAAAGCUUUCGAUGUUGGUGUACUAAAUUUGGAGACAAUAUUUCCAGAAGAGGAACGUGACCUUCUUUAAAAGUAAACAUGGAAGAUGACACGAUAUAGCAUUGUUAGAAGUAUCGUGAUAAAAUGAACUAAUUGUGAUUAUUUCAAAAAAAAAGAAAUUGAUAAUUAUAGUAAAUUGUG